GAGACAGUGUUUAUCGGGGCUGGGGGGCAAAAACACCAGAGAAGGAGCGAGAGGUGUGUGCGUGUGCGUGUGUGUGUGUGUGUGUGUGUGUGUUUUGGUUACAACAAAGAAUGGAGGAGAGCGGAGAGCGAGCGAACGCAGGAGCGUGUUUUGCCUCGAAGGCAAGACUUGCAGCCAAUCAGAGCGCUGGAGCCUCCCUCCGCGACUCCUCUGAGUCUAUAACCGGCUGGCCGGGCGGAGCUGGCAGCAUUUGACUGUGGCUUGGGACGCGACGAGAGGCGCGCAGCGACCGUCCGAAGGCCGGCGCUCGUCUAAGCGCCCCCCGGCCUGCCCUCCCCCGAAACGCUGCGGGACCCUCCUCCCGCCCUGCGGACACACACACACCCCGCGCUCGGCUCCUCCGCCUCUUCCGCGCCCCAGCCCGCGGCCGAGGCCAGCCCGGUGGUGGCGCGGCUCCCGCCAGGAUGAGUGGCUCCUUCGAUCGCAAGCUCAGCAGCAUCCUCACCGAUAUCUCCAGCUCGCUCAGCUGCCAUGCGGGCUCCAAGGACUCACCCACCCUGCCCGAGUCUUCCGUCACUGACCUGGGCUACUACAGCGCCCCGCAGCACGACUACUACUCCGGCCAGCCCUACGGCCAGACGGUGAACCCCUACACCUACCACCACCAGUUCAAUCUCAACGGGCUUGCAGGCACGGGCGCUUACUCGCCCAAGUCGGAGUAUACCUAUGGAACCUCCUACCGCCAGUACGGAGCCUACCGCGAGCAGCCGCUGCCCGCCCAGGACCCAGUUUCGGUGAAGGAGGAGCCGGAAGCCGAGGUGCGGAUGGUGAACGGGAAGCCCAAAAAGGUCCGAAAGCCGCGCACCAUCUACUCCAGCUACCAGCUGGCCGCCCUGCAGCGCCGCUUCCAGAAGGCCCAGUACCUGGCACUGCCCGAGCGCGCCGAGCUGGCGGCGCAGCUGGGCCUCACGCAAACGCAGGUGAAAAUCUGGUUUCAGAACCGCCGCUCCAAGUUCAAGAAGCUCUACAAGAACGGGGAGGUGCCUCUGGAGCACAGCCCCAACAACAGCGAUUCCAUGGCCUGCAACUCACCGCCGUCACCCGCCCUCUGGGACACCUCCUCCCACUCCACUCCGGCCCCUGCGCGCAGUCAGCUGCCCCCACCGCUCCCAUACAGCGCCUCCCCCAGCUAUCUGGACGACCCCACCAACUCCUGGUACCAUGCACAGAACCUGAGUGGACCCCACUUACAGCAGCAGCCGCCUCAGCCGGCCACCCUGCACCAUGCCUCCCCCGGGCCCCCGCCCAACCCCGGGGCUGUGUACUGAGCACCCACCUGGCCUGAACCUCCCACGAAGGAUCCCCGGGGCCAGACAGAAGGCGUCUCUGUCCUAGCCAACACUCAGGAAUCAUCGAAGAGCACGGGGGAAAGGGAAGCCCCCUUUCCUCUUCCCGUGUCCCUUCCUCCAGGGACCCAAGCGCUCCAGGUGAAAUUUGCAUGGACCAAGGAUGUUCCCUGAACCCCUCUCCCGCUGCCUAGACGCUGGGGUACCCUUUCAGAUGUUGGGGCACUCCACUCCAGCUGGGACAGCUGCUCCCCUUCUGUUCCAGAAGCCUGGAUUGGCUUUGAAUGGCUCAUCACCUUCCAGCCUCUCACACUGAGUACUCGUUUCCCAGACUGGAGACCUGGGGGACUGGGGGCCAGCAGCGUGUUUGCAGGGCCGGCCCGGUCUGGACACCAGGCGCUGUGGAUGCAGAGACCUGCCGGCCUGGUUCCUCUGAAGCCACCUGUGGCUCCCCUCUUCCUGAGCACCCCUUCUGCCAAAAAGACGUUGGACAUCGUGACUGGGACUCAGGGUGGGGACCUUGACCAGCCCCAGCCCUUCCAGCCCUCAUUUAAGAUGUGAGGGGUGAACCAAAGAAAGUGGGGAAAUCUUUUAAUAUGUGUGGCUUCAGAGGGAAGAACUCGAGGAGUCAUCUCCAUCCUCUCCCCGCUCCGGUCGGAGAGGAGGGCUGGGGUGGUCUCGGAUGUCUUUCUCAAGAACCCAUCUCUUCUUCCGUGUACAGGACUUUGCACAACUUUGGUUUUGAAAGCUGUUGAAAACUAGGAAAACAAAGGGCAUUGUUAACA